AUGAUAGCGAGGCCCUGGACAGAUGAUUUACCAAAAUGUCGGAAUACUUGUGUAGCUUCAUAUUUUUCUCCAGUCGAGGGAAAUGCCAAUACAAACGAUGAAUAUUUUUGUUUUUACUGUCACACGGAAGAUAACUCGUGUUUAUAUGGUGUAUUUGAACCCCACAAUGGCUUGGAUGCAGCUAGAUUCAUUAUGCAAAGAAUGGCGGCAGAAAUACUAUUUGCACCACCAUCUAGCACUAACACUGAUGAAGAAAUUAGAGAAAAACUAAGAAAUGCAUUUAUUUCUGUAGAGAAAGCAUAUAUAGAGAAUUACGAUGGGAUGAUAGCAGAGCGAACCAGUUUACAGUACAGGUUGCAAAUAUUGAAAGGAUAUACAAACACUGCACAGGUUUCAGAAAACAUUCUUGUCCGAUUAAAAGAAAUAGACCAGCACUUAUCGGGAGGAGCAACGGUAGUGAUAGCCCUAGUUCAUAACAACAAGUUGUUUGUAGCCAACGUGGGAGAAACUCGGGCUUUAUUAUGCAGAACUGAUGAUAACUGUGUGUUGAGGGUUUUACAACUGAGUGUGGAACACAGCGCUCAGAAUGAAGAUGAGCUUCUAAGGCUCGCUCAGUUAGAUGUGGAUGUAAAUAAAGUUAGAAAUGCUCAAUAUCUAGGAAAUCAGACAGGCACUAGAUGCCUCGGCAAUUACUUAGUGAAAGGUCUUUAUAAGGCCUUCCCGACCAUCAGUUCAGCAUCUUCCGAACCAAUCAUAGCUGAGCCUGAAAUACAUGGCCCUAUCGCUUUGGAUGAAUCUUGCAGAUUUCUAGUCCUAGUGAGUGCGGGAGUGUACAAAAAGAUACAAGAAGUUCGAGGUAGCAGUGAACAGACAAACAAACAGCUCGCCCAAAUCAUAGUGGAGAACUUUCGUAAACAAAACGACUUCAGAAACGUCAGCCAAUCAGUCUUAGACGAAAUCGAGCAGGAAUUCCUUACUUAUUGCAUGAAAAACAAUCUAACACCAAAACCAAAUACGCAUAUGACAUUGUUAAUACGUAAUUUUAAUUUUCUCCCACCCAUACCCCAAAAUGACACAACGAAUUCGAUUCAAAAGAACGCGGUCCGAUUCAAUCCGAUUGUUCAAUCGAAAUCGAAUACGUUGUUGAAUGAAAUCGAUUCUGAAUUAUAUUCGUCGGAAACGAACGAUUCGAAUAUCGAUACUAAUAGAUCGAUGGAGUCGUCGUCCGAUAUUUAUCCGAGUAGGCCGUAUGAUAAAGAUAGGAGAAUAAAAGGUUAUGUGGAUUUUUCAUGUUAUUACGAAAAUGUUGCGAAAGCAAGGAAAAAUGGCACUUUACCUAGUUUUAUUGAG